GUGGUACAUGAAAGAUUGGCGGUUUAAUCUUUACUUAGUAAUGUUGGUUAUCAUCAGAGCUUCAUUUGUCAGCCAAUAGUGAUGCACUCUGGGACUUCAUAGUUCCCCCGUAUGUGCUUCACAGUGACUGCGCAGUGGAUUCGACUUGGAGAAGUUGUGUGUUUUUGUCUCUGCGUUUGAGAAUUUAUUGUAUAGAAGAGUAUUUCUUGAUCUUUUGGCUGGUAAAAACUAUCGCAAUGAAGGGAAUCCCCUUCUAGAAACUGCAUUUGAUCACUUGAAGUUGGAUCACUUUGCUUACCAGUGGCAAGAAUGAUGUCAUCGAAAAAUAAAAUUACAUCGUGUAUUCGAUGUGAUCAUGUCUUCUGUGUUCGAGAUCCCCUUAGUCCACGGGGAAAUCGCUGUCCACAUAUUUUACACUGUGGACAUGCUAUAUGUGAACACUGCCUGACCACAUCUCUCCAGAUUGAUGCUAGUGUAGCAUGUACAAAAUGUGCAAAACAAUCACUGCAAAAAAUGGGCAUGAAAAAUUUGAAUAAGGAAUUUCCAAUUCACCUGUAUGUUCUUGGACAAUUCAUGGAAAGACAUCGGUCCAGAAUGCCCCAAGAUAGCAAGAUUACUUUUGUUCCUCCGACAAGCCCUAGCUCAUUGUCAAGGACAGUCAGCAAUGUUUCUGUGAAUGUUCUUGGAGCUCAAGUACUUCCCUGUGAUGAGUGUCCACAAAAUGCUGAAUGGUCAUGUGAAAAUUGCCCUGCCAAUUACUGUACUCCUUGCUUUGCUAAGGUUCAUGCUGCUGCACGUUCACUAAAAAACCAUGUGCGAGCUCCAAUACGUUCUCAAGCCAGUCCUUCAUGUGAAGAACACAGUGAUCAGAAGAAGGACUUUUAUUGUAAUGAUUGCAAUGAGAUCAUAUGCCCCUGCUGUGCAAUUGGCUGUCAUAGUGGUCACUCAGUCAUCACUCGAGCACAAAUGAAUGAAGAACAAGUUGACAACGUUCAUGCUGCUGUGAUGGUUGCGUCUGCUGUUCUGGCCGAAAUCGCCAAAAGCCAGCAGGUAGGAAAUCAAGUAUUGCUUAAUAAGAAAUCAACAUGUGGAUUAAUAUAAGUAUGUUAUUCCUUGGAAUUGGUGGAGAACGACAGUGCUUGUACUGAACUAUGCUCAUCUGGAAAUGUUUGUCAGUUUUGUUAAAUUUCUGCAUUACUAUAUGUGUAAUAGUAGUAGGCUUUUUGUAUUCUCUAUUAGUUUUAAAAUGUUUUGGGGAUUUUUAUAUUAAUGGCAAUAUCUUAUUAGAAAUUUAAUAAGAACCCGUUCUACUUAGCCUGUGAAUGAAUUUUUUACCAAAUGGUAGAAGAUCUUAUAGGAUUUAAUUUCUCAUUAUCUUUUUGCAAGAUAAUACAAUUAAAUAUGUUAUUUGGGGAUUUAACUUUCUGUUCCAUUUGCAGUUGUGAAAGUUGAAUUUCGAAGGGAAUUAUUUCAUGUAUGCCGUUUUCGUUUUGCUUGCAUUGUUAUGUAAAUAGUGUGAAGAAGAUAUAUUUCUUGAAAGAGAAUGAACAAAUGCUAUUUUCUUUUUCCUUUUGUGAAUGAUAUUUUUUCGUGAAUUAUUGUUUUU